AAAGUCCGUUGCAGACGUGCUUUUCGCGCCCUUUCUUCAACGGAGCCAGGUCCGGGCGCCGUCAUGGCAAAGUUGUAAAGCCCCAUGUCUAGGUCGAAUGCCAUGUGCGGCAGUGCGGAGUCUUCGUGAUUGGCCGCGCCAGCGACUGCUCCUAAUAAACUCCGGGGACGUGGAGGCUGCUCCGACGAGCGCUCCACCUCUUGUACCUCUUCGCUUUUCCCAGAGUGUCGCUAGAAACCAACCCAUCCAUCAUCAAGGCCCGACUGAGCGGCCCGUCGCCCGUGGCCGCCCUCCGUUAACUCCUUCUCUUCUCUAUUCUCAAUGCUGCGUCUCUGACUUCCCUCUCCCUACAUGUUCCUGCUCUUCCUUGCCACACCGGUCUGUUUCCAUCCAGCGCAUCUGCCGGCGCCUGACGCAUGAUCCCACCGCAAUGAGCGCCAUCUCACCCGCCAGGUCCACCUUCGACGACCAGCUUUCUCCCGAUGGCACACCCCGUCGGGAGCGCGCCGCAAUCGCCGCCCAGGCUUGUGAAACUUGUCGGUCUCGCAAGUCCAAAUGCGAUGAGCGCCGGCCAAGAUGCGGGCUCUGCCAGCGCCUUGGGACCGAAUGCAAAUAUAGAGAGCCCUUGCCCACAAAGAAGGACAAAACACUGCUCUUUAUGCUUGAUGCGUUAAGUAGAAUCGAGGGUAAAGUCGACCAGAUAGGCAAGGUCGUCUCUCCCGUGGGCGUCGAUGCGGUAUCCCCUCCUUUUUCGGGCCAUCUACCCUCUGUCAGUAGUGUUCAACCUAGGAAAGGGAACGAGCACCAACCAUCGCGACGCCAGAGCUUGGCUGUCCCUCACACCCCUGGGCAACAUGAUACUUCCGUCGCAUACGUUCACGUUACCGCUUCUCACAAGGUCCUCCUUUGGCCGUUCAUCCGUUCAUACCUGAAAGAGUCCCAUGUGGACGUUGACGAAGACCUUGAAUCCCUUUCGCAAGAGGGAACGCCAUGGUUUCUCCGGCAGGAAAUGCGGAAGCACCCGAAAACCUUACCUUACGAUGUCCGGUUGACGGCAGCUCCCGUACACGAUGUGCCAUCUCCCGAUGGAACUCUUAGGACGAAAUUUGCUGAGCUCACGUUGGAGCGCAUGACGAUCUAUGCGCAGCAAUACUUCAGUAGUUUCAACAUGGUAUACCUUUUGCUGGACAAAUCGGAUUUCAUGGAUAUGGUCCUUCCCAAAGUUGCCCGAUAUGGCUUCGGAGAUGGCGACGCCGACUCAAUCAUUGCAUUGGUGGUAUUUUCUUUAGGCAAACUGGCUCUGGAGGGGAGCCUGGAGCCACCCGUCAUAAGCAGGACGCCCUGGGAGAAUGGUUUGCCGGAUGCUUCGACGGAACGACCACCAGGCCUCGAAAUUUUCAACGAAGCCAGAAGACGCAUUGGCUUUUUCGUGUGCGAAACGUCGCUGGAGAACAUCCAGAUUCUCCUUCUUUCUGCAAUUUACUACGAGGCUUGCGGAAGACACCUGGACUUUUGGCGCGCGUCCCAAUCCGCGUCGACGGCUUUUCAGGUUUUGAUCAAAUGCCUACCAGUCGAAUGGUCUUCUAAACGCGGCAAUCUACUCAAGAGGGUAUACUGGACUUGCAAUCUGAUCGAAAGCUGGUAUCAUUUUGAGCUCGAUCUGCCGCAGACGGGAAUUUGCGACCACGAGGAUGACGUCCCGCUGCCGGGCGAGAUACUAGGGCCUAGCGCGGUUGAGGACCAGUCGACGGUGAUGCACUUCCUUGCGAUAAUAGCGCUGCGGCGUCUGGUGACGAGGGUGCACAAGACAAUCUUCGAGGCAACAAACUCAACAGCAGAAUCGCCCGAAGGUUAUGGCGGCCCCCCGACCCAUGUCAUUGACGAGCUCGCCCGGCAAUUGGACUCUUGGCGCUCGAUGCUGCCUCCAGACCUUCAGUGGGCCGACGAACCCCCCGAGGCGCGAUUUCAGUAUGUGCAGCGCUCUGUUGCCACCGAUGGCCAGAGCUCCGCGGUUUUCAUGGAACAUGGCCUCGGCAUGCUCAACGCGCAAUUGCGCUCCCGCUACUACUACACGCGCUUCAUGAUCUAUCGACCGUUUGUCUUCAAGGCCCUUCACUUUCCAGAAUUGAUGACAGACAAGGACAGUCGCCUAGUCGGGCUGUGCAUCAAGAGCGCUCUUAUGUGGCCGAUAGCGCUUCCGCCGUCAAAAUUGCGCAAGCGCUUGGUUCCACAUAUGUAUGCUUGGACACAGAACUUUCUCGGAAUUUUGCUCAUCCUGCGCAUGACGACCAUAAGUCCUGUCCUCGACGACGUCUGCCGUAAUUUCAUCGAUCAGAGGGAGUUGGUACUGACCGUGCAACAUCAGCUCGAGUGGUUCGCCGACGUCCGAGAUCUCGACGGCAUCGCGGAUUGGAGCUGGAAAAUCCUUGAGCCCUUGUUUCGCGGCAUGCUCCCUAUCAUCGACGGGUUUUCGAAGGACGGAGAAACAUGAUAGUCGUUUGGGGAGAAUGCUCUAUUCAUUGCGAAUAGUAUGGCCAUGCUAUCCUGCAAACAUUGGAUUUUACUAGUCUCGCCAGCGAGGAAGAGCAAUUCUAAUAGGGAAUGCAAGUUACGCCUAUGCAUGGGAUAAUCACGUCCUGCCAGAGCCAGGUCACGCAGUCUCUGCUCUUUACCAUGGACCGAAAGAGCAUUCCAAGGCGAGUAUUCGGAUUUGAGAGUAGCGGCCCUGCUCCGUUUCCAUCAUCAUCACCGCCACGGCAGCGGCCGCCGCCACCGCCACCGCCGUUUAACAAGCUUUCUCAUAUCGGGUCGAUGGACUUUAUAUGCAUAAUGAAGGUCGGUGAAGCUUGUAUGGAGCUCGUAAUACUACUUCUACCAAUUCGAUGAUCUGCCGAACAUAUCACGAAAUAAUACUAUUGUCUGUCUGUCACUGUUUUUAUAGACAUAGAUAAACCGAGGGCAGUAAAUGCAGCUGUUCAACUAG